CACUGACACCGUGUGAGCGCAGGAGCACCACGCCAAAAUAUCAGCACAAAACACUUAAUAGCACACAGCUUCGCUCGGCUCUGGUGUUUUGAUCUGCAAGUGUUUUCUGGCGUGGAAUCGGAGAGGAGGAAGUGAGAGAGGCGGAAUAAUAUAAGCCGAAAGGAAAUGCCAAUCGCCGCUACUGGGCAUUCAGCGACUCGAGAGCCCCGUGUCUGUUCCCCGGAUCCCGUUCCCAAGCGCGCUGAUUUAUGCGAGGACUCAGGGGCCCGGGCAGCUGAAUACGGGGGUCUGGAGGGGGGUCACAGCCUGGGCGGCGCUAGAAUCUCCGGAGCGCUUGAGAGCUCUUCCGCGGCGUCUUAUUCGCCUCCCGCGUCCCCUUUCCACCACUAUCAUCACCAUCACCCCCAUCCGGUGACUAUGGAGCCCCCCAGGACUCGGUCGCGCUCCCGGUCUGGAUUUUACCACGGUGGAUUAUCUAACGCGAACGGUAGCGGUGGUGGUGCUCUGAGUCCCGCUGGAGGAAUAAGCCACCAACACCAACUGCAGCAGCAGCAGCAGCUCGGAGCUGCUCACGGACACACGGAAAACCUGCGGCCGCCCGGGAGCGUGCUCUCCCCGGGUAGCCACAGACACGCAGGGCCUGGAUCGCACAGAAACUCCGGAGCAGGUGCAAUGGGAGGAGUAUACCACUAUCACUCAGAGCACGCAUAUGCAGAUGCUACUGACAAGACGGACGACUCUCCCAGUCCAAAGAGACAGCGGCUUUCCCAGCAGUCUGUACUGGAGUUUCCCUCGGCCCCGCCUUCCACACCCUCGCCACCAAUCCGACCAUGGGAGCUUCCACCCAGUCGCAGGCCACACCCCUAUCCCCACCCACACUACCACCCAGAACGCUGCCACACACCUGCACGACACAGACGCAGUCCUCCAGUGCGGCGUCAACGUGGCCGACGAGAGCGUUUAUCUCGACACCAGCCCCAUCAUGGUUCCCCGGGUGGGGGGCAGGACGAAAACUACCGCCACCCUCCUCACCCACAUUCUCUUCAUCCCUACGGCCAGCCACCAUCUCACCCUCCACCCGGCCUCGAUGAGCCCCGGGCCUUUCACCCCCCUACACUCUCGCCACGGUUGUUGCAUCCGCCGCAGCAGGGCGCCAUGGUGAUGGACCUCCAUGAACAGCUCCCUCAGGGUACGGUGCCGGUAUCAUACACAGUAUCUCCAGUACAACCCCAUGGUCUGCCUGCUCCACUCUGUACGGGACAACAUAUCCCAGCAUGCUCCUCUCAGCAGCAGGUGCCUGCCUGUUCUGUGGUCUUCAGUGGACAGCAACACUAUCCAAUCUGUAGCGUACCGGCUCCGAUGUUGCCAGCGUGUUCGGUGCAGCAUUUGCCGGUGCCAUAUGCGUUUCCCUCUCUUCUUUCCAGUGAUCCACCCUUCCUUCUUCAUCCCCCUCAUCUCUCACACCAUCCGCCCCACCUCCCCCCGCCUGGACAGUUCUUACCCUUCCAGACACAACAAUCUCGAUCUCCGCUGCAGAGGAUAGAGAAUGAGGUGGAGUUGUUGGGGGAUCACCUGUCUGUAGGUGGAGGGUUUAACUACCCUCACUCAGGGCAUCCCAGCCCUCUGCCCCCUUCCACCCCACUGCAGUUCCUCUCCCAUGAACCCCUGCCCCAGGAGCUCUUUGGAGUGCCGUAUCCCCACUUCAUGCCACGACGAAUCACAGGCCGUCGCUACCGCUCACAGCAGGCAGUACCUCCACCUCCUUACCACCCAAGUCUGCUGCCAUACUUCCUAUCCGUCCUUCCAGUCCAGCCAACAGCUGUGGGUCCAACCAUUAGCUUGGAGCUGGAUGUAGAUGAUGGAGAGGUUGAGAAUUAUGAGGCUCUGUUAAACCUUGCCGAGCGUCUUGGAGAAGCAAAGCCCAGAGGUUUGACAAAAGCCGAUAUUGAACAGCUGCCUUCGUACAGAUUCAACCCCAGCAACCAUCAGUCUGAGCAGACUUUGUGUGUGGUGUGCAUGUGUGAUUUUGAGUCUCGUCAGCUGUUGAGAGUACUGCCCUGUAAUCAUGAAUUCCAUGCCAAGUGUGUCGACAAAUGGCUCAAGGUGAGUAUGACUUUUUGUUUUUACACUACCGUUCAAAAGUUUGGAAUCACUAAAGCCCUGUUAGGAUGGGACUAGUUUUCUCAGAGGAAGUUAUGGAAAUUUGUGUUUCACAAAUGUACUUUGUGAUAUUUUUUUAUCCUGUCCGAAUCUGGCAUGUCUGUUUUUCCUCACACAACCUCUGUAAAAAUGUCAGAGCAAAUGACUUACUGUUUUUCGGCUAACUCAAGCAUCCUCUGAGAAAUCUAAUCCCGUCCGAACGUGAUUGUCUGUGAUUGUUGAUUUUCACAAUGCUUUUCCUCAUAUCUCCUCGUAAGAUUGUUAUUAUGUGUGCCAAUCUUCUUUCAAUAUACUGUAGAUAUUUUUGUUUUUGAGAGAAAUUGCUUCUGCUUUUCACCAAAGAUGUAUUAAAUUGGUCUAAAAUACUAUCAAAAACAUUACCAAUGUUGAAAAUUAUUAUUACUGUUUGUAAUAGCUAUUUCAUGUUUACUUAUUUUAAAAUAAAAUUUGUACCUAUGAUGAGAGUGCCCCAUUCUCAGCAUUUAUUACUCCAGUCUACUAAGAAAAAACUGUUUUACCUAAUCCUAGGAAAUCAUUCUAAUGUGUUAAUUUGGUACUAAAGAAACAUUUCUUAUUAGAAUUUAUUAGAUGCUAUUUAAUGAGGUUUGAUAAUCGCAAUAGUCUUUUUUCAGUUGCUGAAGUAUUGAGUACACUUGCUUUUUCUGCAAGUCACUUUACACUUCCAAGCCAAAUUGUGGUUUGAAAAAUGGCCAGAAAGAAACACAUUUCCCUUAACUCAUCCGUUAAUUGUUCUUCUUUGCAAACAAGAGAUGAAGGAUAUUCUAUGCACUACUGAAAAAUCAAACUGCAUCUAACCAGCAUAGAGAGGGAAGUGGACAGCCCAGAUGCACAACAACAUGAAGACAAGUACACCAGAGUCUCUAGUUUGAAAAACAGACUCCUAACAAGUUCUAAACUGGCAGCUUCAAUGAGCAGUACAAACCAAACACCUGUUUCAUCUACAACAGUGAAGAGAAGAUUCUGGGAUGCUGGCUUCACUGGCAAAUAAGAAUAAAGGGUAGAAUGUGCAUAAGAACUUAAUGGUAAAUGAUUAGAAAUGAGUAUUAUGGAUGAAUGAAUCUUUGAGGUGUUGAGCUGUUGUUAGUAAAGUCUGAUCAUUAGGGAUUUAAAAAGUGUCCAAGCCAAUUACAUCUUUGGAAGUGUGACAGAAAACAGGAGAUUAAAUUUUACCUGAAUAUCGUAAUAAACUGACUGCCGGAAGUGGAGGAUUAAUGGUUAAACUGAAAGUUUGAAGAAUACAGCAUUUAUUUAAAUGGAACUUUUAAAAUUAAAUUUUUGUUGCCAUUUUUUAAUCAGUUUAAAGCAUCUUUGGUGAAUAAAAUUAUUUUCUUUCAAAAACAUACAAAUAUCAUGGUGAUUCCAAACUUUUUUAACAGUACUUAAACAGUGAGUGUAUUUAUUAUGAAGUGUGUAUAUCAGGUCUACCGAUUAAAUAACACCAUUUGGUAGGUCUGUAAAGAACAGCACUCAUCAACAAAAUGACUAUCCAUACAUUUCUUAGACCUACUUGACAGUCAAUCUUCUUCUGUCUUCUAGGCAAACAGAACCUGUCCCAUUUGUCGAGCAGAUGCCUCUGAAGUCCAACGGGAUUCAGAGUGACACCCUUCACGGAUCACAAACAUACAUGCACACCACUAAACACUUAUAUUAUUCUUUUACUCUGUUACAUUUAAAUUAACUUCUACAUGCAUAAUUGCUACUCGCACACAGAUACUGCUGCAAACAAUUCAUAAAACUGUAUGCAUCAAAAUCAUUUAUUUGAUAUUCAUCAAUGGAAAAAAAUACACACGUGUCCCUUUGGUUGUUUGAUCACUAGUUCUUCGAGUGGAAGUCCAAAGAUUAUGGUUCAUAUUAUCUUUCUGAUUAUGUUCUGGUUCUGAUAUAUAUAUAUAUAUAUAUUAGUAUUUAGUUUAGUUCUUCCCUUUGAUUGGGUAUGGAGUGAGUGAGUGAGUGAGUGCGUGCACUAACAUUCCCAGCUAUGUGAGCACACUUUGGUGUGGUGGUCUUUACGAAGGUUAAUGUUGUGAGCAUGGGCUUUUAUAUUUUACCGACAAAUAUAGCUAUAUAUAAAUAUGUAUGUAUCAAUAUAGAGAGGAAAUUGAUGAAAUUCCUAACUUUUUUUUAAAAGAAAAAAACAAUUAUGGAAGUCUGUUUUUGUUUUUCCACAAAUUAAAAAAGAUAGCAAAAGAUUCAAAUUCUAGCUAUACAUGAAGAGGAGCUAUCUAUACAUUUUGGGUGGGUCUUAAUUAUUAUUUAGCAGUCUUUAGAGAAUUGUGUGUGUGUGCGUGAACGCUUUUGUGUGUGCUUUGUGUGAAAGGGAGUGAGUGUGUGUAUUCGAGAAUCAAUUGUGUGUUAUUUAUCUCAUGUGUGGUACAGAACACUGGCUUGUCACUCUCACUUCUCGUCUGUGAUUGCCUGAGGAUGCGCACUGACAUGACGUGUGAUUGGUUUGGAGGGGCAGAGGAAUGUUCUCAAGUUCUUACUAGAUGUACUAUCUUACAAGAUUUUUUUUCCCUCUAUCCAUUUACUCAGUUUAUCCUGCUGCAACCUUUAUUCUUCAGUUUUCUUAUGCGGCCUGUCACGUUUUCCAAAUCUUUAUGCCAUCUGCAUAAAUCAAACAUACAAAUUUUGGAUCGUUUAUCUCCUGUAUUAGUUCAAUAGGAGUUCCAAAUGUAUAGCCAAGUCUUGCAGAUUGUGUAAACACAGCAGAACUCGAUAGAGAUGUGGGAUUAAACUAUCACCACUUUUCUCAUUAAGCACUAAGGGCACAAUAGCAUCAUUUAUUAGUAUCAGGUAGUUUUCUAGACACAGAUUAAAGCCCGGUUUUAGCCUUAAGUCAUGCUUUUUUUAAAUGGCCAACCUGAGGUUUCAUCUUUGCCUGGAAAAUUUAACUUUGUAGCAAUAUUACCCACAGCACCCUACAGUUAAGCGAAAUUAUUAUUAUUAUUAUUUUUUUUUGAUAAUUAUUUGGUUUCUUAUGCCUCAAGAUUCAUUAAUUGGGGACUAUAUAUGUGUGCGUACAUAUGCUGAAGACUGAGGUUACAUUGUAGCAUUUCUGUUUCUUUAUAAAGGGAAGCACACAGGUUUUGGAGGACAAAAGGGAGGGCACCACACACACACACAUAGACACACACACACACCGCUAAUUCAGAUAGGUUAAAAUGCUUGUAGAAUUGUGAUGUAAGUACCUUCCCUCUACAUUUUUGUCUUGCAUGUCAAUGCAUCUCUGAAAGGCUGUUGGUCUUUUAGCAAACAAUUUCCUUUUAUUUUUGGUUUUGCUCUCUCACUGCCUGCUCUAUACAGUUAUCUAUUCUUUUCAAAACAGCCCUCUAGCACGCCUACUCGUACAACCUUCAUAAGGCUGUUAUAACCAUUCAUAGCUAUGUGUAUUACUUUAUAUUGAAUGACUGAGAUCCAUGUAAUGACCUAGAGGUGUGUGUAGGUGUGCGUGCAUGCCAUGCAUUGUUGUCAUGAAUGGGUAUAAUUGCCUCUGUGUCACAUUAUGUAGGCUCUAUGAGUGGUGUAGAAAGUGUAGUCUCAGAGCCUGCAUUGUCUUAAUGAGAGAUGCCUUUAAACCAUUCUCCAGUGUUGUCUGCUUUAGUGUCAUAAGUCGAUGACGACCUCAGAAUUUUGAAUUCUUUAUACUUUGCAAACAAAUGUGCAUUACCUUACUUAACAGUUGUCAUUCUGUGUUAUAGGAGUUUUAUUUUUCCCUGCUUGGUACAAUAGCAGUUACCUCAGUUUUACUAUUUAUGUUUUUCCCCUAUUCUUUUGCGAAACCAAUAAGAGAGCUUAUGAAUUAUCUUGCUUUUGUUUAUUGGUCGUUUUAAUUCUUACCAUUAAAAAUACAAUUGUAUCAUUUAACAUGUUGUAGUUUCAUAUGUAUAAUAUCUGUAACCAAAAUCAUUUGAAGGCUUGAUAUAAAAAAUUUUAACAAACAUUUGUACAUUUUUUUUUUCUUUCUUUUUUUUUUUUAAUGAGAGAUAUUACUAGUAACGCUUUACGAAGUAGUGCAAAUGAUUUUUUUUUUUUUUUGUCUCUGACCCCUAUUCCCAGUCUUUUGGAUUUCAAAGGGUGGCUCAAUAAUAAAUGUA